GGGUCACUGUCACUCUGAUGCACAGUUGUGGGUCUUGUGGCAGUGUGGCCUGGAACUUAAAAUCCGACAACACAGUACAGCCGCUCCCUUCCGCCGAUUUUCCUCAAGAGCACCUUACAUUCCUUUAUUUUCCCGUCUUGUUCAUAUUACUAGUAAUUCCGCCAUUAUUCGCGCCCAGACCAAAGAACUGAAACCAAAUAGUGAUUGCGUAGUUGGUAUGUAGUAUAUGAGAUAGUAUUAGUGUGCCUGUGUGUAACAACGGAACAUCACGCGGGAUUAGUAAAUAACAUUUCAAACAUCACUGCUGCCUGCACAUUCAAUCUUACAAUGGGUGACUUUGCCAUAAAUUUUGGUGUGAACCUCAUCAGAGUUGGAGUGUGUAUAUAUGACAUUGUCACAUACCCCAUCUAUGCCAUAGUUCAACAGCCAUGGAAAAAAAGAAAAUUAAUAAAUCGUGCAAGGGCAGAACAACAUCCUGUAAAGGAAGGACUGUGCUAUAAAAACUGUGACCCACCACACGAGUUCCAAGUGGAGAUCCGCAAUGCUAAUAUUACCACAAUAGAGGAAGCUCUCUCCUAUGCUUGUAAAAAACACGGCAACAAAAAAGCACUUGGAACAAGACAGAUAUUGCAAGAAUCAGAAGAACUUCAGAAGAAUGGCAAAGUUUUCAAAAAGUAUGAACUUGGAGAAUAUUCCUGGCUCACAUACACUGAAGUGGAUAACCUGGCUCACAAGUUUGGCUGUGGCCUCCGGGCUGUUGGCCAUAGACCCAAACAAAAUAUUGUGAUAUUUGCAGAGACCAGAAAAGAAUGGUUAAUAUCUGCAAUUGGAUGCUUUAGACAAAGCAUUCCAUUGUGUACACUGUAUGCCACACUUGGGGAUGAAGCAGUUGUCCAUGGUAUUAAUGAAACUGAGGUUACUCAUGUUAUAACUUCUCAUGAGCUGCUGCCAAAGUUUAAGACCAUCCUCAGUAAAUGCCCAAACGUGACCCAUAUUACAUAUUUUUGUGACCAGCUCAAACCCACCCAUGUCACAGGGUACAAGGAAGGUGUAGUCUUCAAUUCCUUCGAACAAAUCGUUGCCAAGGGAACAUCAAGUGGUUUUACAGAUGUGCCACCAACUUCAGAUGACACAGCCAUCAUUAUGUACACAUCAGGCUCAACUGGUGCCCCAAAAGGAGUUGUCAUGUCUCACUACAAUCUUGUUAAUUCCAUCAUUGGCUAUGCUGUGGGUUUGAAUAUCGAGAAAGAUGAUGUUUAUUUGGCCUACUUACCAUUAGCCCACGUCCUUGAACUAAUGGCAGAAUCAAUGAUGCUGAUGUUUGGUGUACCAAUGGGCUACUCCACUCCUCUCACGAUGACUGACAGGUCAAGUAAAAUCAAACGUGGCUGCCAGGGUGACUGCUCUGUUCUCCAGCCAACCAUGAUGGCAGCUGUACCUUUAAUUCUUGAUCGCAUCUACAAAGGUAUCCUGGAAAAAGUGGCAACACAGGGGCCCUGGCUAAUGAAACUAUUUGACUUUGGUCUAGAGUACAAAUUAAAUUGGAUGCAACGGGGAUGGAACACUCCAAUAUGUAACUGGUUUGUGUUCAGGAAGAUCCGUUUGUUAUUAGGUGGAAGGUUGCGCUUAGUGGCUGUGGGAGGAGCUCCACUCUCACCCGAUACUCAUAAUUUUGUGCGUGCUAGUCUUGGUGCGCCAGUACUGCAGGGUUAUGGAUUGACAGAGUCUUGUGGAUGUGCAACACUAAUGGACCAGAAUGACAUGUCUACUGGCAGGGUUGGUGCUCCCCUGCAGGUGUGUGAUGUAAAACUUGUCAACUGGGAAGAAGGAAACUACAGGAUCACUGAUAGACCAAAACCUCGCGGUGAAAUUGUCAUUGGUGGAGCAAAUAUCACUAUGGGUUACUAUAAGAACCCUAAGAAAACACAGGAAGAUUUCUAUGAUGAAGAUGGCUGCCGGUGGUUCCGUACUGGAGACAUUGGUGAAUUUCUUGAAGAUGGAUCUCUUCAGAUUAUAGAUCGCAAAAAGGACCUCGUGAAACUUCAGUUUGGCGAGUAUGUUUCUCUUGGCAAAGUGGAAUCAGAACUUAAAGUCAGUCCAUAUGUAGAGAAUAUUUGUGUGUAUGCUGACCCAUCAAAGAACAACAUUGUUGCCAUUGUGAGUCCAGUACAGAGAAAUCUAGAAGACUUAGCACGUUCUCUAGGCAAAGAAGAUCUUCGUAGAGAGAAGUUAUGUCUGGAUGAUGACAUAAGCAAGGCCAUCAUGCAAGAGCUCCUAGCAACUGGGAAAAAAGCCAAAUUGCAGAGGUUUGAGUUACCAGGUGCGUUAACUCUGACAUCAGAGUUAUGGACCCCCGACACUGGCUUGGUCACCGCUGCUUUCAAGAUCAAGCGAAAAAGCAUACAAGUCAAAUAUCAAGAUGCUAUUAACCGCAUGUAUGCUUCAUAGGAUGCCUAUGGGCAGCAUCAUAAUGAAAUUUUAGAAUGUAUUUGUAUCUAAAAUCUAAAAACUUUUGUGUGCCAGGUCCAGUGCAUGUUUUUAUAUUUAUUUGUACUGUUUGUUGUUUUUUGGUUAAUAAAUGACUUAGUUAAUUUUGA